AUGCAAGAUGACGAGAUUCUUGCUAAAUUCAAUGUUCGUUUACUGGAUAUUGCAUAUAAGUCUUUUGCUCUUGGAGAGAAAAUUCGACAAGAAAGACUUGUCCGUAAGGUGCUUAGGUCUCUUCCUAAGAAAUUUGAUAUGAAAAUUACUGCAAUUGAGGAGGCUCAAGACAUAUCAUCACUGAAAGUUGAUGAACUAUUUGGCUCCUUACUAACUUUUGAAAUGUCUUGGAUGGAAAGCCUAAAAACAAGAAUAAAGGAAUUUCUUUGCAAUCCUUCAGUUGAUGUUGAACAUGAUGAUGCUGACAUAGAGUCUGAGGAUUUACUUGAUGAUUGGAAAGUUCUUGAUGUGCAAAAGGAAAGAAGUGGGACUUUGAUGGCAGACAAUCACAGGCAUAUGACCGUUGUUGCAUAUCUGAAGCGUGAACUUAACCAAGCUUCUCAAGAGGUGAUAAUUUUCAGAAUAUACAAUCUCAGUACAAAGGAAAGCAAAAGAUUGAGUUUAUUAAAGCUCAUAAUCCAGAGUCUUAUGGCUUUACAGAAUUCUCUCAAAUAUUCGGCUAAAAGAGAUUGGUAUUUUGAUAGUGGGAGCUCUCAUCACAUGAUUGGUAAUAAGAACGGUUUGUCUGAUAUCAAACUUAUCAACUCGAGAAAGGUCACCUUUGGUGAUGGUGCUUCAGAGAAGAUCAUUGGAAAAGAAAAUUUUAAUUUUCUAGGACUUCCAUCUUGA